AUGAAGGGAACCACAGAGGAGCUGGAUUCUGAACCGUUUAAAUCGGUGGUAACCGGAUUCAAUCGGCUUCCGCAAUGGGUUAAGGACUUACACCCCAACCAUGAACUCCAAGUCGGAGGCCGGUCAGUUUCAUGGUCAAAUGCAGCGACGCUGGUAGAUUACUUCAACCAACCCCAGAGCGAGGAAAGAUACGAAAUGUUAGAUGCCACUGAGCCUUAUUAUCUGGAAGGCCCCGAUAUCGCUGAUGAGCGUUGGAUCGAGAAAGGAACUGGUGAUGCUGGUGCUGGGCGAUUGAGUUCGUGGCCCUUUAAUCCUAACGAUAGAUCUGGAUUGGUUUCUAAGCGUGAAAACACGGGAGCGUAG